UGCAUGGGAGACACAUGUUCAUGUGCAUGCCUCUAUAUUUAUCAGAUUUAAUUAGUCAAUUUUCAUCUUUCUCUUUUUCUUCAACCAAUUAUAAUGUUAAAUGACUUUCUUAUUGGAAAGUAUGCAACAGCCAACAUGCGAUACACAUGCACUGUAGUUGUUAAAUCAGUCAACCUAGUUUAGAAUGGUACACAUAUUUGGCACCAAUUAAUUGUAUUUAUGUGUGUGGUUUAAUUUUGUCAAUAAAAUUACUGCAAUUUACAAUAUGCAGGUACAUGGCUGGUAAAACAUACUGAUAAAUUUUAAAAUAAAUUAAAAGAACGUUAAUUUGUGUGAAAAAGUCCUAUAUAUACUCAUACUAAACAUCUGCUAUUGCAACAGAUAGAACCAUACAAGAAAAAAACACACUCAUAGACGAAUGACUUCUUCUGCAACCACUUUAGCCUUAACACUAGUUCUGAUCUUCCACCUCUCGCCGGAAACAACAGAAGCUCGCCAUAUCAAUGAUCAGAAGCCUUCCGAUGAAAUGAAAUACCUCUUUCCACCUGGGUUGCCCUUCACCGGCGUUCCUCCGUUACCGUCACUCUUUCCUCCUUUCCCUGGAAACGUUCCACGUUUUCCGUUUCCGUUACCGUCACAGUCAUCACCUCCGGCACCACUUGGUCCACUUCCCGGUUUCCCUGGCGUUACCUUUCCUCCCCUGCCAUUCCUGACGCCACCACCUGAGUGAUUCUAUAGGUUAACGCUGCUGCUAUUAUGAUAAGUAUCCCGUUGGAAUAAACUAUGUACGUGUAACGUACACAUGGUACUAUGGAUCAUAAUCAUGUGUACUCGAUGAUAUAAAAUAUUAGUGUUUUAUUAAAGUUAUUAGUGUAAAACAAUGUUGAUCUAUAUAAUAAAUAAAUAAUUCGACU